AUAUGACUUUUGAAGUGUUUUUAAAACACAAUUUAAAUGCAAUUUAAUUAUUAAAAGCAUCAAAAGUGAUGUGUUUUACGUCAUUCAUGUCGUGUGACUCAGUGUUGUCGGCACUGCCGGUAGUGAUGGCCCUCUUCUGGCCACUGGUGGCCGCCUUCGCCGGCAAAGAGACAGUUGUCUGGCAGUCACUCGUCGUUUGCCUGUAUUUCGUGGCCACCGAUCUCUUCGGCCGACUCUUACGCCACUUAUUUCGGACCGAUUAUCAUCCGUUUGAAUCGGUGGCCAAUCUGGUCCUAUUGGCCGUACUCUUCGGCCAGCCGUACGUCAAGACACCGGCGAUUGUCAUCCAAUCGGUUGGCUUUUUAUUGACAAACUGCGAGCCGUUGGUUGUGUUCAUCGAAAUGAGACAAUUGGUCCGUUUGGUGAUGGCUUUGGGCCAGUGGUUGGCCGACGCCAUACGCGCGGCCGACGACGACUCCGACGGCCAUAAACGGGCCGUUUUGCUCAAAGCCUCAGUACUGACGGGUACUGUAGUCGCCUAUUCUGUGGCCUUUUUUGUCAUCCGAUCCGCACUCGUCAGCGCACAGACACUACUCUUCACUUAUGCCGCAAUUCUGUUGGUCUCGUUUCAAGUCAUACAAAUCGUUGCCACCGUUUAUGUGGACGAAGGUGUUAUAACAGUGCCGGCGCUGGUAUUCCUGGCCUCCAGUUUCUGCCUCUACUUAUCAGUGUUUGAAGACAACAACAAAACUAAUUACAACUCAAAGUAAGUGAU